AUGGCGGUAACCAUGAAUCAAGUAAUGGCAAAAUCAAUCAAAUUAGCUGAAGAAGUUAUAGUAUCUACAAAGCAUUUAAGGGCCUUCAAGGAUGAGUUCCAUGAGAUCAGGUCCCAGACCGGCAAGUUGGCAGCGCUUCUGCGACAAAUGGUGGCUCAAGUAUCUUCUCAAUUCUAUGAGCGGCCAGUACGUAUAAUCAUUGACAAGACUGAACAAGUACUCUAUAGGGCUCUUUCCCUUGUGCUUAAAUGCUGCAAUAAUGGCAUUAUGAAGCGUAUCUUUUUUAUCAUCCCUGCUUCUGAUUUCAGAAUAGUGUCAAGCCAAUUGCAAUCUUCUGUAGGAGAUGUUUCUUGGCUCCAUGGCAUAUUAUUUUCCGGCGACAAUCUUACAGGUGUACAUUUAUCUCUCCCUCCAAUUGCCUUUAAUGAUCCAAUCCUCAGUUGGACUUGGGAGUGUAUCGGCGCGUUGUAUAAUAGUUCAAUAGAUGAUAAGUGUGAGGUGACGAGUGAGCUCCUCACGUUUUCUCUUGAUUCUAAUCAGACCAAGAAACUGAUCAUAGAGGAAGGAGGGGUUGUUCCAUUGUUAAAGUUGUUGAAAGAAGGUAGUAUAGAAGAACAAGUCAUUGCUGCAAAGGCAAUUGGGACUCUAGGCUUUGACUCAGAAAGUGUCCAACACAUUAUUGAUGCCGGUGUUUGUAAAGUGUUUGUUGAAAUACUCAAAGAAGGUACUAUGAAGGUUCAAACUGAGGUGGCCUGGGCUAUAUCAAAUCUUGUCUCUAACUAUCCCAGCUGUCAAGAUAUUUUUGCCCAGAAUAAUAUAGUUCGCCUGCUUAUUAACCACCUCGCAUCUGGGGUAGUUCAAGAGCAUGUUCCAAAUGUUAUUGUCAUAAAUAAAGCCACAUCAGUUCUUGCCAUGGUAAUGGCAAGGAAUCACUUGAAUACAAAUGACGAAAUUGAGGAAUGCGAUAUUGACAAAUCCAAGCAAUCUCAGCAGCAGAAUGUUUUACUCUCUCGUGCAAGUUUUAGAGGUAAAGACAAAGACCCUGAGACAAAAACCUACAUGAAAGCAAUGGCUGCUAGAGCGCUUUGUAACCUUCUUAAGGGCAACUCUUCUAUAUGUCGAACCAUCAUUGACACAAGAGGUCUGAUGUCUUUUAUAGUUCUCUUAGACAAAGGAAAUAAGGAUGUUCAAUACCAUUCAGCGAUGUCAUUAAUGGAGAUCACUGCCAGAGUAGAGGAAGAUAGCGAUCUAAGAAGAACCACAUUCAGACACAGUUCACCUGUUUCCAAAAUUGUUGUUGAUCAACUCGUUAAAAUCCUUCAAAGAGAAUAUCAAGAUAUAGACAUUCUAAUCCCAUCCAUCAGGAGUAUUGGGAAUUUAGCAAAGACAUUCCGAGUCACAGAAGUAAGGAUUAUUGGUCCAUUGGUUAAUCUUCUACACCAUAUUAGAGAUGCGGAGGUUUGGAAGGAGGCGUUAAUGGCGCUUGCAAAAUUUGCCUGCAAAGAAAACAUUCUCUACCAAUAUCAUUCCAAGUCAAUUAUACAAGCUGGAGGAGCAAAGCACCUAAUCCAACUCAUCUUUUUUGCUGACCGAAUUGUUCAACACUCAGCUUUGCUGCUCCUCUGCUACAUUACUUUGCAUGUCCCGGACAACGAAGAGCUUGUGCAUUAUGAAGUGCUCAAAGUGCUAGAAUGGGCAUCAAAGCAACCAUUUGUCAUUCAAGAUGAAAUAUUUCCCUCACUGCUGCCAGAGGCCAAAUCAAAAUUAGAGCAUUUUCAAUUCUUGAGGUCUGCGAGCAUUUUAUUGACGGAAGCAAGAUGA